AUGCGAUCUCCACUCUUCGCAGCUCUUCUCUGUGCUACCGCUGGACGUAAUGUCCUCGCCGCAAGCAACGCGAAGUUUUGCAGCACCGUGAAAGGGAUUGUGGCCAGCGCCAAAGCCCAGAGGCCGGCGCUCGACUUCUGCAGCUCGACGGUGACAUCCACCCAAAUCUGCCAGCCGACCCCAGCAACGUUGCAGAAGGUCGCGCGCGAAUCAAAGAGCAAACCAAAACCCGCCUGCCUCAAAGGUUUCUCCAAGCCAGCAGAGAUUUCGUCAGCGUGCAAAUGCCUACCACUCACCACCACAGUCACACCGACAAGCACUGUGCGCGUUGCAGUAACACCAGCCAGCUUCAAGCUCAAGGCAACCGGCAGUCCAGCGAAUGGGCAGUUCAUGCAAAUACGGAACCUCUUCUCGACCUUCGACACUACCCUCGCAGAUGCACAGGUUGUUAGUCUCAAUAACACAGGUGGCCUCAGAGCGACGGUACGAAGUCUGGCGAAUGAUGGGUCUACCUACUUUGCCCGAGCAAUUCAUGAUUGCGGUGGGAGUGAGGCUGCGGCGUGGUAUGACCCGCCUGGAUUCGCGUGUGACAACGAUUGGAUAUGCCGAGUCGAGGCCGGGGCCGACCAGACUUGCAACCUGGCUUGCGAAGGUAGGCCGGGUUGGGUGAACAACCAGGUGGAGUCGGACAAUGGUCUGGUCAACCAGUGGUAUUUGAGUCCUAGUGAGGCUGGAGUUGGGAACGCGAGAGUGGCGUUCACGCCAUUGGUGGUGCCUGUGUAG